GUACAACAGCAUGAGCUCCUCCAAAGCUUCAAACACAUUCUCCUACUCGCCCGAGCACUUUAUUUUUCAUCAAGUUAUUCUUUGCUCUGCUUUGAAGCAUCUUUGAAUAACAAACACAUAUUUCUACUUUAACUUUUUAAAUGGUUUCUAAAUUCAUGGGACAACCGGAACAAGGACGCCUCAUGGUUUGGGGGAAAGUUUGGUGAUCAGCAAUGCCUAAAAAAGAGCCAAAGAUGUUUGUCUUGCUCUAUGUUACAAGUUUUGCCAUUUGUGCAAGUGGACAACCUCGGGGUAAUCAGUUCAAAGGAGAAAGCUACUCCUCAAGAUAUAUCUGUAGCAUCCCUGGGUUACCUGGACCGCCAGGCCCCCCUGGAGCAAACGGUUCCCCCGGGCCCCAUGGUCGGAUCGGCCUUCCAGGAAGAGAUGGUAGAGACGGCAGGAAAGGAGAGAAAGGUGAAAAGGGGGCUGCAGGUUUGAGAGGUAAGACUGGACCCCUGGGCCUUGCUGGAGAAAAAGGGGACCAAGGAGAGACCGGGAAGAAAGGACCCAUGGGACCAGAGGGAGAGAAAGGAGAAGUGGGUCCUGUUGGGUCUCCUGGCCCAAAGGGGGACAGAGGUGAUCAAGGGGACCCAGGGUUGCCUGGGGUCUGCAGGUGUGGAAGCAUCGUGCUCAAGUCUGCCUUUUCUGUUGGCAUCACAACCAGCUACCCAGAAGAAAGACUACCUAUUAUAUUCAACAAGGUCCUCUUCAAUGAGGGCGAGCACUACAACCCUUCCACUGGAAAGUUCAUCUGUGCUUUCCCAGGGAUCUAUUAUUUUUCUUAUGAUAUCACAUUGGCUAAUAAGCAUCUGGCGAUUGGGCUGGUACACAAUGGGCAGUACCGGAUAAAGACCUUUGAUGCCAACACGGGGAACCAUGAUGUGGCUUCGGGGUCCACAGUCAUCUAUCUUCAGCCAGAAGAUGAAGUCUGGCUGGAGAUCUUCUUCACCGACCAGAACGGCCUCUUCUCAGACCCAGGUUGGGCAGACAGCUUGUUCUCCGGAUUUCUCCUAUAUGUUGACACAGAUUAUCUAGAUUCAAUAUCGGAAGAUGAUGAACUGUGA